AAUUAAACUGCUACUACCAUUUUGGUCUUCUACUCAAUUUCUUAAACUUCAUUACAGUAUUUCCCACCACCUCUUUCACAGUCCAUACUAUACAACCCAAUAUGGUGGAUUUAAAUGGCAAACUUAAAUGCUUCUGCAACUCACACAACCAACCACACACUGCAACCACCUGCUUAUAUUUACUACACACUCUUUGAUUCUUCUUACUCUCUUUAUAAACAACACCACCCCCAUUCCCUCCUUCCCCACACACUCACUCACUCACUCACUCACUACUGUGCUUUAUCCUUUCUUCCUUCUUCUCAUUUCAAAGAACUAAUAACUUAACAGAAAGAAGAAGAAAAAAAAAAUGAAGAGCAGGAAUCAGUCUUCUUCUCUUCUCCUGUGGGCUGCACUAACUGCCUUGAUUUCUCAAAACCUGCUCGUUCCAGUCUUCUCAGCUCAAGCCACUUUUGAAGACCAGAAGAACUACUACCCUCGUGAUCCCGGUGCUGGAACUCCCCCAACUCCUUCAGGUUCAACAGGCGGGAGUCCACCAAGAAGCUCAGGUGGUGGCGGUCACGGACACGGAGGAACACCGCCAGCAAACUGCGGCAACCCACCAUCUGGAGGCCAUUCUACUCCCACCCCAUCAACUCCCUCCGGCGGCGGCGGUUACCACCACUACUCACCGCCGUCCACCACCCCUACAACUCCCACUACUCCCACUCCCACCACCCCAAUUGUGCCAUCCCCAUUUUUCACCCCGCCAACACCAUCUACUCCCAUUGAUCCAGGCACCGGCACCCCUUCUUCUCCUGGCAUCACUAUUCCCUCCCCUCCUUUCCCCUUUGAUCCCAACUCCCCACCUUUCACCUGCGACUUCUGGAGAAACCAUCCUACAUUGAUAUGGGGAGUUCUUGGAUGGUUUGGAACUGUGGGAGGAACCUUGGGAGGAACAAGCAGUGGCAUUCCCGGGUUCGGGUCGAACAUGAGCUUGUUGCAGGCAUUGGGAAAUACCCGGAGUGACGGAUAUGGAGCAUUAUACAGGGAAGGCACAGCAGCGUAUCUGAAUGCAAUGGUGAACAGAGGACGUGGAUUCCCUUACACGACCAACCAGGUUCGGGAUCGGUUUGCUUCUUCCCUCAGGUCUAACAAAGCUGCCGCUAAUCAAGCUCGUCUCUUCAAGCUUGCUAACGAGGGCCGUGUCAAGAUUUAGAGCGAGCUUCUUUGGGUGUUGGAAGAAAGAAACAAAAGAGUACUGGAUCAUUUUUCAAAACAAAGUUUAGUCAUGCAUGCAACUACUACUGCCACUUUAUGUUUUUAGUUAAUUCUGUCUUCCUUUUUUUUAAAAAAAAUUUAUUUGUUAUGAUUAUUAGUGUGUUCUUUGUAUUUUCUAAUUAUGGGAUUUUCUCUCUGGUGAAAUUUUUAAUGCUUGAUUCAUAGAAAUAUUAAUGUACUUUGCUUGAUUUUACUAGUUAUGAAUCAAUUAGCAUUAUAUUUGUUAUGUGUUAAUUAAUCCCAUGCAACGUUACCAUGUGGACCUUCUCAUUAACCUGAAAAUUACCUUGAUAAUAUUAGUCAAAAUAAGCUAG